AUGGAUUAUCAAGUAAGUUUGUUGCUCAAGGAUGGCACAACACCGGUCUCUUGUAAACCUCGACCGGUGCCCAUCGCACUCCGAGAUCCCGUUUUUCAACGAUUGAGGGCCUGGCAGAACGCAGGGGUGAUUGUUCCCAUCCUAAAGAGUGACUGGGGCACGCCACUUGUGGUGGUUCCAAAAGGAGACAAAACGGUCAAGAUUUGCGGAGACUACAGAAUGACGGUGAACCCCCGCUUGCGCACCGAUCAUUAUCCGCUGCCAGUCAUGGAAGAUUUGUUUGUAGCCUUGCAUGGGUGCAAAUAUUUCACUGUGCUUGACCUUUCAACCGCGUAUCGGCAGCUGCAGUUUCACCCUGACUUGCAGUCUUUGCUCACGAUAAAUACGCACAUGGGGCUGUUUAAGUUUACGCGCCUACCGUAUGGGAUAACCAGUGCACCCUCGAUAUUCCAGGCAGUCAUGGACGAUGUUCUAGGAGGCCUAGAUAAAGUCACCUGCUACUUGGAUGAUGUGUUGAUUGCCGGGGAAAGUUUUGAGGAGUGUUGA